UGCUUUUGAGUAUGGAACUUACCUUGGCCUAAUGACAAGACACUAUUUAAGACAUGGCUGCUUCGGCGCAUCCUGCAAUUUAAGAAAUUCAUUCAUUUAAAAUGAUAAGGCCAACCUAUUAAUGAUUUUAAAGUAGCCUAAACAAGAGACACAAAACAAUGACCUAAAAUCUGUGGCAUGACUGGUAGCACUAUGUUAUACUCUUUUAAAUUAUUAUUUUUUAAAUUAUAUUUUAGUUCUGCAGUAUUCUGAUUGAUUAUUGUUCACAUGGUUAUGUGGUGCAUAGAAGUGCACUGACUGAACACAAAAGAGUUCCCAUGUAAGACUAUAAGAUUAUUUUCUGGCUACUGCUAUUGACAUUGGGGAGAAUGGUUUAUUUUGAGAAUGAAAUGAGUAAUUCAUGGUACCCUUGCGUUGUGAAGUAAUGUGGAUGGUCUGGUAAUGUGGAUAUCAGAAAGGGUAAGCAGUAAAAAAUGUUUAGAUCUUUUUAAAUCUAGGUUAAAUAUAAAGAGCAUAUUUGAAUUGCAUAACAAUUCGUUCUUAGUGUGAUAGCCUAUGUAUAACAAUAAUAAUUAUAAAUGUAUUGUCAGAUUUAAAAUCAUAUUGACCCUCUAUGACCUGGAUGAAUUGCUUUAUUGCCUACAGGACGAAUUUUUAUGCAGUUGCAUUGGUUGUAGGCUAUACCUUCGUAGUUCAUCAUUAAACACUAAGUUAUUAGUUCAUAAGAGAUAGAUAGAUAGAUUUGAGGAUAGCAGGAAGGAGGAAAGACUGAUGUAGGUGGACCAUAGCAGCCUUCUCUGUUCCAGCCGAACAUUUUUUAAAGUGACACACAACAAUCGCAACUGUACUGUGCGGUAGGGGGGACAUUUUAAUGGCCAGCCAACCAAGUUAAAACCUUUUUUUGUCCACGGUCGGUGUUUGUGUAUGGCAGAUAUUAAUAGGAGCAUCGACUGCAACAAGCUAACGCUCACUGUUUAGUCGUAGCUCGCGACAGACGUUAUUGUGUCGCAGCUAACGUGUAGUUAGCUAGAAUGCUAACAUGACGUUCAACCCAUCAGCCGGGUUACCAGACGACCGAAAAUCCAUUUACAGUCAGUCACAAAAUAGCGUUUACAAAACUGGCGAUAAAACAAGCCCCAUUAGCGUCAUACUGGUUAGCUCUGGCAGCCGGGGGAACAAACUACUUUUUCGAUACCCUUUCCAAAGAGUGGCUGAAUGUCCGUCAUCUCUUACAGCAAAACAACGAAGUCCAUAUGCACUGAACACAACUGGGGAUGGCCUUGAAGAUCAGGAUGGUGAUUCAAGAGAACAAUCUCCACUAACUGACGAACAGUUGGUAGCAGGGUUCUCUGACAUCAUCCUCGCCACCAUCCUAGCCACCAAAUCUGAUAUUUGUGGAAAGAAGUUUGAACUGAAGAUAGACAAUGUUCGAUUUGUGGGUCACCCUACUCUCCUUCAACAUCCUCCCAUCAUUCAGGUUUCUAAGACAGAUCCUUCACCUAAGAGAGAAAUGCCUACGAUGAUAUUGUUUAAUGUGGUGUUUGCACUAAGGGCUAAUGCUGACCCGUCUGUCAUCAGCUGCAUGCACAACUUGUCGCGCCGCAUCGCAAUAGCCCUGCAGCACGAGGAGCGCCGCUGCCAGUACCUGACCAGAGAGGCCAAACUGAUGCUAGCCGUCCAAGAUGAGAUUACCACCAUGACUGAGACGGAAGGAAGCCCCCAGUCCCCAUUUAGACAAAUUCUUCCCAAAUGUAAGCUGGCCAGGGAUCUGAAGGAGGCUUAUGACAGCCUUUGUACAACUGGUGUGGUGCGACUACAUAUUAACAACUGGCUCGAGGUGAGCUUCUGUUUACCACACAAAAUCCAUAGGAUUGGUGGCAACUAUAUCCCCCCAGAGGCAUUGGAGCGCAGUCUUAAGGCUAUAAGACCCUAUCAUGCACUGCUGCUGCUGGAAAGUGAGAAGGCACUGCUGAGCCAGCUUCCUCUGGACUGCUCGCCUGCGAUGGUGCGCCUCAUCAAAACCUGCUCAGCGGUAAAAAACCUGCAGCAACUUGCACAGGAUGCAGACCUUGCCUUACUUCAG